AUGGUGAAUCCCAUUCAUGAAUGGUGGGAAAGGGGGAAGCUUUUGGGUUCCGGCGGUUUUGGGAUGGUGAGCGAGGCCCGUCCUCUCCCUGGCACCCCUCUCUUCGAUCACCUUCCCCAAUUGAUGGCAGUCAAAUCAUCUCGGAACGGCGAAUCUCUCCGCAUUGAGAAACAAAUGCUGUCCAAAUUCAAAGGUCAUCCAAACAUUCUCCGUUAUUAUGGGACCGAUAUCACUAAUGAAAAAACAGAAAAAGGAAUCAACGUUCCUCUUUAUAAUAUAUUCUUGGAAUACGCCUCUGGCGGAUGCUUAGCAGAUGAAAUCGCCAAGACCCGUGGACAAGGAUUACUUGAGGAAGAUGUUAAACAUUACCUUAAGGGAAUAUUGUAUGGUUUGGAAAAGAUUCAUAAAUCGGGUGUUAUUCAUUGCGAUAUAAAACCAGAAAACAUCUUGAUCGCUGAUGACAGAGUUCCAAAGAUUGCGGAUUUCGGGUUGGCGAUGAAAGGGGCGGGAGUGAAUUCGAAAAGGCCAGGGACGCCGGAGUUUAUGGCGCCAGAAAUUAUAAGACAUGGAGUUUAUACUACGGCGGCGGAUAUUUGGUCGUUGGGAUGUACUGUUUUACAGAUGAUCAAUGGAAGGAAUGUAUGGGGAAUCCCUUUUAAGAGUAAAUAUAUUAGUUUGGUUGGAGGUUAUAAUGUGAUUCCAGAAAUCCCAAGUGGAUUAAUAUCCUUGGAUGGUAAAGAUUUCUUGAACAAGUGUUUUGUGAGGGACCCUUUGAGGCGAUGGACCGCUAAAUCGUUACUUAACCAUCCCUUCUUAGCGCAACAAAAAGAGAACACCAACUUCGAAUUAGAUCGGAACAACCCCACCAAUGAUUUAUCUUCACUUGUCAGAGAAUUGAAAUUUUAG